GAUCUAGAUGAAUUCAUAAAUAUUAACUUUCACGCGCACCAAGCUCUUGAAUAUGCGUUUAAUGGCAGUAUCGGCGCUCCAGUUCAUGAAAAGUUGAGAACUGGUGCUAAAGUAUUGGAAUUUGGUUGUGGGGCUGGCAUUUGGACUUCUGAAGUUUCUGCUGAAUAUCUAAAUUCGGAGUUCUACGCAAUUGAUUUUACCACACAAAAUUCUAAUAAUGAUAAUAUUACAUUUAUUAGUUGUGACAUUCAUCAAAUGCUACCAUUUCCCGACAAUGAAUUUGAUUAUGUUUUUUCCAGAAAUAAAACAGACUUCUUUACAAAAAAUAAUUUUCAAGGAUUUUUAUUUGAGGUUUUUAGAGUAUUAAAGCCAGGAGGUUGGUUAGAGAUUGGACAUACACUUUAUGAUUAUGAUGAUACUAGUGGGCCGGCCUUUAAGCGAAUGAAUGACGCACAAAUAUCAUCUCAAUUUAUUCAUAAUCCUUUAGAUAUUUCGUGGCACAAAGAACGUGGAAUUGAUUUUGAUCUAAUAACGCACUUAGAAGAUUACCUUCAAAUGACUGGAUGGGCCGAAUUUAUAUCAUCUCAAACAGUAAAAAUUCCGCUUGGAGGUGAUGGUCUGGGAGAAUUUUAUUGCGAUUCUGCUACAUACUAUGUAAGCCUUAUGAAAGAAUUUUUGGCUCCUUAUAUGGGGGUUUCAUUUGAAGAAUAUGACCGCUUGGCAAGCGAGAUUGAAAAUGAAUUGAGAGAUAGACCUGGAGAGAUAUAUUCCAAACAAAAAAGA